AUGGCAGCGCAGCCCCUGCUAAAGGCAGGCCUUCGUAAAAUGAUCGGAACAGGACAUAGCACUCUGGUUUGGGCAGACCCUUGGAUUCCCACAAAACCGGCGCGCCCAGCCAUUCCUUGCGGCCCUUCUUUCAACCCCGCACUCCGAGUUGUCGACUUGCUGGAGCCAAACUCGAGAGCUUGGAAGCUAGACCUCCUGCGAGAACUAGUGGCCCCCGAGGAUAUCCCCCUCAUCCAGAGUCUUCAACCUACGCGAUCCUCUCGUGGAAACAGGUACUGCUGGAGCCACACCAAGUCAGGAGUCUACUCUGUAAAAACUGGAUAUGCUCUGGCCAUGGAAACAAUGGAUGCUUCCGAACCUGCUCCUGUCCUGGAACCAAGCGCCAUGGCCCUGCAGACCCGGGUUUGGACACUCAAAACCUCGAACAAAAUAAAACAAUUCAUUUGGCAGGCGCUAUCCAAUUGUGUUCCAGUCUGCAGUUCACUCGCAGAUCGGCACUGUGGAAAUGAGCGUUCAUGCCCGAGAUGCGGAGCGGAGGAAGAAACGCGAAACCACCUGCUCUUCGAAUGCCCGCCUGCGGUGCAAGCGUGGGCUCUGGCCAACAUACCCCACUUUCCGGGCUUAUUCCCGUGCACCUCGAUACUCAGUAACCUGGAUCAUGUCUUGUGGCGAGCGAAAGACUAUGGUUUGCAGGAUACAAUUAUCAACAACGUGCCAUGGGUAAUAUGGUACAUAUGGAAAGCUCGGAACGACAAAGCCUUCAAUGGCAAAGAUAUCUCUCCGCUGGAGACUAUCCAGACCGCCAAAGCCGAGGCCGAAAGCUGGCGUGUAGCACAAGCCAUAGAAGAAAUCCACGACGAAGAUGAUGAUGGAACCACCCCGGCCAGCACCAUCACGACCACACACGCUCGCCCUGUAUGUUCCAUUGACGCCUCCUGGCACAAAGAAGACAAAUUUUUUGGUGGAGGAAUGGUCCUGGCGACCGAGGAUGGGAUGACGACUUCUGGUUCAUUUGCUAGUAACCAAGUCUUAACCCCCCUGCACGCGGAGUUCCAAGCUCUGCUGUGGGCCAUGAAAUCCUCUAUCCAGUUAGACCAUAGCUCAAUGACCUUCGAGACGGACUGCCUUCAACUGGUCAAUCUACUCGAAGAAGAUGAAGAAGACAACUGGCCAUCUUUGUUGGCCGAAUUUGAUGAUUUCCAUCUUAUUCGUUCUAUGUUUACUUUUUGCUCUAUAUCUUUUAUUCCUCGCACUAUGAACUUCCGAGCCGACCACCUUGCUAAGGGAGCUCGGUCUCAAGGUUUUUGCUUCUCCCAUGUAAACUCUCAACUCCCAAGCUGGAUGGCUCCAGAAGCCACCCUCUUGGCAGUUUCUUAA